CCGCCCCACUGGCGCCCUGGCCUCGCGCCUGCCGCCGGCCCCCGGCUCCCGGGCUGAGGUUGAGCGGGUCGCAGCUGAUCGGGCGGACACGCGCCCUCGGCGUUCCUGCUCCCGGCUGGGCUCGGCGUGGACAUCGCAGGUAGCCGGGAAGCACUGUUAAUGAGAACUCCAUGCGUACAGAGUAAAGAUGGCAGGCUUCCUGGAUAACUUCCGAUGGCCCGAGUGUGAGUGCAUCGACUGGAGUGAGCGCAGGAACACUGUGGCCUCCGUGGUUGCAGGGAUAUUGUUCUUCACAGGCUGGUGGAUAAUGAUUGACGCGGCGGUGGUGUAUCCUAAGCCUGAGCAGCUGAACCACGCUUUCCACACGUGCGGCGUGUUCUCCACGCUGGCCUUCUUCAUGAUCAAUGCUGUAUCCAAUGCGCAGGUGCGAGGGGACAGCUAUGAAAGCGGCUGCCUAGGAAGAACUGGUGCUCGGGUCUGGCUCUUCAUUGGUUUUAUGCUGAUGUUCGGGUCACUUAUCGCCUCCAUGUGGAUUCUUUUUGGUGCAUACGUUACUCAAAAUAUUGAUGUUUACCCUGGACUAGCUGUGUUCUUUCAAAAUGCUCUUAUAUUUUUUAGCACCCUGAUCUACAAAUUUGGAAGAACUGAGGAGCUCUGGGCCUGAGAUCACCGCACACCGCACCUUCUUCUGUUGUGUUCCGUGCCUAGCUCCUUUUAUCACUAGUAUAAUUUACAUAUUGCCAAAUGGAGCACAUUGUGUGCUCAGGGGUUUAUUUCUUCAUAGUUUUGUGCCCUGAGUUUUGAAUUGCUUUUGCAAAAUGUCUGUCUUGACAAGAAGAUCAAGACAAGUUAAUACGUACAUAAUACAUCACUACAUGUACAUGAUACUGAAUGGCAGGUUUUUAUUCCCAAGACGAAGACUGGCAUGGAUCCCAAGCCAGGGUUAUAUUGUCUUGGUGUUUAGAGGUAAAUACUCUGUCUUGGUAUUUCUGAUGUUUGAAAAUGUGCAAACUAUACAGCUCCAUGUCUCCAGAGGUCCUGAGCCGUUAACAAAGGCAUUUCUGCCAGGUGUAAUUCAUUUUGGCUUAGAAAUGAGAUUUUUUUUUUUUAAGGAAAAAAUGUUUGUGCAUAUGUAUUAAAGAGCUGGACUUUUUAUAUGAAGAUUUUUUUAAAUGCCCAAAGGACUAGUUUGAAAGACCCCUUUACAAAGAACUCCUCUAACUUGACUUUUGUUUGAGAAGGGAUAACACAGAGAUAAAGUCCAUUUUGUAAAAAGACAGUAGGCAGCUGAGCCAUGUGCUUCCCGUUUUACCGAGCAGCUUUGAUGCCUGGGUUGUAGUGGAUGGCUUGUCACCAUCGUGUUACACACAGCAGGGGACCCUGCAGCAGGCACAGUUUAGACUGGCACAAGUAGAAUAACUAGCUAAAGACCUCUUCCCGAAGGGCGCUGUGACCUCUCAAAGGUCAGAUGCUUUUCUCUUUGUUCCUGACUCCUGCAUCACUCUCAGGCUCCGGGAGACUAGCUGCUGCACAGUAGACGUAUCCUGUACUGAAAGGUCACACUUCACGCCAGAUGCUCCUUCCCGCGUUUGAUCGCUGCGCUUGCCCCAUGUAUGUCUGAGGGCCUUUCCCUUGGGCCAAGACUCUGUGUUGCACUUUUAACCCCAGAGGAUUUUAUAAGACCCUUUGCUGUAAACCAGUAGUAAGGACGGAUUAACACACCUUCUGAUGCAGGCCUUACUUAGCUGGCCUCUCCGAGAGGCCCCACUGAGCACAGCGUGUGAAGCGGCUGCUGAUCGCUGUGCUUCAUUCUGAUGCAUCUUGCCUCAUUACUUUCCUGUCAGUCCCUCAAAAUGCCAGCUUUGUCUUGUUUCCAGUGAACUAUAAAUCUAACCACACGUUUCCAUUAGAACUAAUGCAAUAAAUACUCCCUCUCACACAUGCUGCAGUUAGGUGUGCUCGGGGGAGUGACCCAUACAACCCGGCCCUGUCCAUCCUCCACUGUCCAAGAAGCACUCAUAAACAAGGAGGGGACGCUACACAGCAUGCUGAUGGGAGGUCUAUGAAGGGCAGCCCUGACGACCGACUGAAAAUGGCGGUAGCUUCUUCUCUAUUCAUGAAUUUUGUUUUAAUUGUAAGCAAAUCUGUUGAUUUUCUAUUUGUUUCAUUAAACAAGAGAGAUGAAGUUAGUAUCCUCUCAUAGAUAUUAUGAGACAGUAGAAUUCUUGCUAAUCAUAUAAAAUGCACAUGGUUCUUGUAAUAAAGGUCUCACUGUUGCUCAAGCUCAA